AUGCCGCUAAAACGGUCCUUAAGAGAAUCAGUUGAAAGAUUAUCCAGCCUACAAUCAAAAUAUAACAUAUUCACCAGCAUCAACCCAUCGCCCUAUAAAACGAAAAACAAGGAAGGAAAGAACGAAACAUUGACAAAUUACGUUGUCAGUAUUAAGGACAAUAUAGUUACGAAGGACCUUCCAACUACAUGCGGCUCACGUAUCCUUGAGAAUUUCCGAUCCCCAUUUGAUGCAACAGUAGUAAAAUUACUAAAACAAGCAGGUGUGCAUAUCUUAGGUAAGACUAAUUUAGAUGAAUUUGGAAUGGGAUCAGGAGGGAUUCAUUCAAUAAAAGGACCUGUGAUCAAUCCAUUAUAUCCUCAAGAAGACAAGAAGAUAAUGGGUGGUUCGUCUUCGGGAGCUGCUGCUAGUGUUGCUUGCGAUCUCGUAGAUUUUGCUCUGGGAACCGACACCGGUGGCUCUGUUAGAUUACCAGCGUGCUAUGGAUCCGUUUUGGGUUUCAAGCCGUCCUAUGGACGCUUGUCAAGGUUUGGUGUAAUAGCGUAUUCUCAAUCUUUAGACACUGUUGGCAUACUAAGUAAGGAAAUAAAGGUCUUACAAAAAGUGUUCAAUACUCUGGAUAAAUACGAUAAGAAAGAUCCCACUUCCUUGAGCGUGGAACUGCGUGAGCUAAUAGAAAAGAAUAAGAAAACUAAGAAUCACUUAAAAAUAGGAAUUGUAGAGGAAUUCAACCAUGAAAGUCUGCCCAAGGAGUUCCACGAAUUGUACUUUGCUUUCCUAAAGAAACUGGCAAACUUAGGACAUAAAAUAUAUCCUGUGUCCAUUCCGUCAGUAAAAAACAGUUUACCCAUCUACUAUACCCUAUCACCAGCCGAAGCAGCAUCCAAUUUAUCAAGGUAUGACGGCAUCAGAUAUGGAUACAGAGAUUCUGAAAUUGAUAUAAAAGACGGUAUUUUAUUUGCACCCACUAGGUCUGAAUUUGGAAUAGAAGUUAAGAAUAGAAUCAUUUUGGGUAAUUAUAAUCUCUGUUCAGAUGCAUUUAAAAACAACUUUAUUAAAGCUGAAAGACUACGAGUAGAUUUAGUUGAUGAGUUUGACAGUAUUUUCGAAUUUCCGAAUGUUUUGACUAAUUUUCAAGGAAAUCCGGAAGGCUUAGAUAUACUGCUGGUACCUACAUCAUCCAAGCUUCCUGAGUCCAUAAAGGAGUUUGGAGAAGAGGAAACAAAAUCUCCAACUAAUUCGUAUAUCAACGACGUUUUCACAGUCCCCAUGUCACUGGCGGGCCUACCGAGUCUCUCAAUCCCCCUGAAAGAAAAGACUCCAAUUGCUUUGCAGAUAGUAGGCCAAUAUGGUGAUGAUUCUACAGUAUUAGAUUUUGUCGAAUCGUUAUCCUAG